AUGCCAGCUAUACGUGGUGGUGGUGGUAGAAGUAGUAGAGCAUCUACUUCGACAACCACUACAGCUACAGCUACAGCUACAGCUGCUACUACUAGUUCGAAUAAAAAAUCAACGGCAGCUUCUACUCGACACAGACAAGCCGAAGUCGAGGAAGACGAAGCAUACGAUAAUAACUAUCACGACCCCCACUCGGACGACGGGGGCGAGGUAUCUAUAGAUCCAAGUUUGAACGAUAUGAACAGUGUGAUGGCGGCGGCAGCAGUGUCCGCCGUUGGACCAGGAGGAGGCGGAGGAGGAGGCAGUAUGGGUGCUGGACCCAGUCUGAUGGGCCCAGGUCCAGGUCCACCUGGAAUGAUGAGUGCAAGUGGUGGUAUCGGUAUGGGAAUGAUGCCAUCUGGAUCUGGAAUGUUGGAAGAUGGGGAUAACAGGACGAGGAAUGCAAAAGCCCAAAGGCGGCAUAGGGAAAAGAGAAAAGCUCAUCUCAAAGCACUCGAAGAAUCUGUGCAGCUCCUCACACUUCAAUUGGAAGAUGCUCGGAGACAACUCAGUCAAUCAGCCUAUUACACUUCACAACGUGGAUCUCAAUCUGGAGGCCCGCUUUCACCUCAGUCCAAUAAAGACUUUGCGACCCUUCAAGCUGAAAACGCAUACCUCCGAGAUGAAAAUUCAGAUCUCAGACGGCAGCUUUACUCUUUACGGAUGCCGAGUUACCCAUCGACAUCUGAAGGAGGUCCAAAGGACGGAGCAAACAAUGGCAAUGGUGUGGGUGGGGGUCCCAGCGGUGCAGGCAUGGGUGGUGGACCUGGAGGGAACACUGGAUCCACAUCAUGGGAUGUCAAACCGGAUGAAAGCGGUCAAUUCGGUGUGUACCAGCAAGGUGGUGGUAAUGCAUCACCAAGGAGAAGUGGAGAAGCGUCCGCGCCAUCGACAGCUGAAGGUGGACCCAGUUCCGCGUCAUCGAGUAAUGGCAAUGGAAAUUAUCAACCCAUGGAGCAUUUCACACCCAUGCAUCAAAGGACGAGGAGUAGAAAUAUGUCUACGGAUUCGCCCGGCAAUCCCAACGCCUCACCGUAUCUGAAUCAAGAGGGUCGUUCUGUCGAUCCGAGGUAUUCCUCAGGCUCCGGUAUGAGGAAUUACGAUCCACCUACACCCGUCUUCAACGCUCAGGCUUCCCACUCGACACCACGGUACGAAGUCCAUCAUUACACACCAAGACAGAGUGAAGAUUCCAUCUCAUGGCCUCCAGAGUCUGGCCCUCCACCGUUCUCUGGGUACCCAUUGAAUUUCGAAAACAGCAAUAAUGAAGAUUGGAGGCAUCAAGAUUGA